AUGGCUUGCAGACAAAUUCAACGCAGCUCUUCAUCACGAACGAAGAAUUUUGACGUGUUUGUUAGCUUUAGAAGUGAUACUCGUAACGGUUUUACUGAUCACCUUUUUGCUGCUCUUCAGAGAAAAGAUGUUCUGGCCUUCAGAGACGACCAAACAAUAAAAAAAGGGGAAUUCUUGGAGUCUGAGCUCUUGCGCGCAAUUGAAGGGUCACGAGUUUUCAUUGUUGUCUUCUCGAAGGACUAUGCAUCAUCCACAUGGUGCAUGAAAGAGCUUACGAAGAUCGUGGAAACAGGUCGAAGUUUGCUCCCUAUUUUCUAUGAUGUCACUCCUUCGGAGGUCCGAAAACAGAGUGGAGAGUUUGCAGAAGCUUUUGCUCAACACGAAGAAAGGUUCAAAGAUGACUUGGAAAUGCUACAAAAAUGGAGGGAAGCGCUCAAAACAAGUGCCGAUCGUUGUGGGUGGGAUAUGCAAAAUAAGCAACAAAAUGAAGAAAUCGAAAACAUUGUUGAAGAGGUAAUCAACAUAUUGGGUUAUAAUCAAAUUUUGAGUUUUGGAGAUGAUUUAGUUGAUAUGCAUUCUCGCGUUAAACAAUUGGAAGAACUUCUGGAUUUGGGUGCAAAUGAUGUUGUUGGGCUUGUGGGAAUUUGGAAGAAACUUCUAGACUAUCGAGAAUUUUAUCCUGACAUUGGUAUGAAAGUUCUGAUUGAGAAAUCACUUAUUAGUUGUCGAGAUGGGGAGAUUCAAAUGCAUGACUUGUUGCAAGAGUUGGGGAAGAGUAUUGUCAGAGAAGAAGCACCCAAGGAACCAAGAAAGUGGAGCAGGUUAUGGGACUACAAGGAUCUCCAAAAAGCCAUGAAAAUAAAUACGGAAGCCAAAAAUCUUGAAGCUAUAGUUAUUGAACAACGUCCAGAAGAGUUUGUACAAGAAAGAAUAAGAGUGGAUGCUCUAUCAAAAAUUAAUCACCUUCAAUUGCUCAUUCUUAAGAAAGUGAACACUUUUGGAUCUCUGAAUUGUAUUUCUAAUGAACUGAGGUAUCUGAAUUGGGAUAACUUUCCUUUCGUGUCUUUGCCAUCAACUUUCGAGCCAGAUCAACUUGUAGAAUUGCAACUGCGUUAUAGCAAUAUCAAGAAAUUAUGGGAAGGCACAAAGAUCCUGCCUAAGUUGAGAACUCUGGAUCUCUGUCACUCCAAAAAUCUUAUUGAGAUGCCAGACUUAACAGGGGUUCCUCAUCUUACGAGUCUUCGACUUAAAGGAUGUAUAGAACUUGUCCAGAUAGAUCCAUCCAUUGGUAUUCUAAGAGAACUUAUUCAUCUGGAUUUGAAAAAUUGUAAAAAUCUUGUCCUUAAUCUAAAUAUUAUUUUUGGGCUCGGUUCUCUAAGAGGCUUAAAUCUCUCUGGAUGUUCAAAAUUACUGAAUAGUAAGAUGUUAAUGGAGCCAAGAGACACACAACAUUUGGAAAAAGUUGAUAAAAAUACAAGUGUCGUCCAACGGUCAACAUCCUCUGUAUACAAACUUCUAAUAUUGCCUUUCAAUUUUCUAUCCUCUCCAAAACCUGAAGAUUCCCUUGGUUUGUUGUUACCUUAUUUAUCUCGUUUCCAAUGUUUGUCACAUCUUGAUCUGAGCUUUUGCAAUCUACUCCAAAUCCCUGAUGCAAUCGGGAACUUACAUUCUUUAGUUGGACUAAAUUUAGGAGGAAACAAAUUUGUGACACUACCUUGUACCAUCAAGCAACUUUCCAAACUUGAAAGGUUGAACUUGGAGCACUGCAAGAAACUAAAAUAUUUCCCCGAGCUUCCAAUAACAAAAGACAUAACAAUUGGCAAAUAUUGGUGGAGAUUAUACCUUUUUUACUGCCCCAGUUUGAGUGAUAUAGAACACUGUUAUAGAAUGGUUACUUCUUGGAUGACGCAAAAUCUUGAGGUUUACUUGCAACGAACUAUCUCCUCUGCUAUGAUGGAAAUUGUUAUUCCUGGGUCUCAAAUUCCAAAGUGGUUUAAUAAACAAAAUGCUCGUAGUUCAAUAAGUGUGGAUCUAUCUUCUGUUAUGGAUGAUCCAAAUUGGAUAGGUGUUGCCUUUUGUGUACUAUUUAUCACACACGAAGAUCCUACAAAUUUGAGUGACGGAAGGAAUCAUCAUGACGAUUGUAUUGCAUACGGUGUCCAUAAUAAACACCUUUGGCCAAAACGUUAUAUACAUGUUCCAAUAUAUUUCGAGAAAGAUCUGGUGACAGUUGAAUUAGAUCACUUGUUUACAGUGUUUUACUCUCGGGAAGAAUUCAUCGGUCUUCUUACUCAAGAUCCAGACAAAAUGCUUGAUCCUGCUAAGUUGGAAUUCGAAAUUAUUUCUGAUCAUUUUCAAGGUUUACGUGUUGUGCUAUUCUGGGGACCAGGUGGUUAUUCUCAUCUUUUAGUUUUAUCUGAAUACGAAGAAAGGUUGAAAGAUGAUAUGGAAAUGGUACACAAAUGGAGAGAUGCAUUGAAAGCAAUUACCAAUCGUUAUGGGUGGGAUGUACAAAAUAAGUAA